AUGUACGAUGCCUCGACCGACCCAGAGGACCACCUCUCGGUUUUCCUGACACACAUGCGCCUACAAACUGCGGCGGACGAGAUCCACUGCAAGACCUUCCCCAUGUUCCUGAAGGGGAAAGCCCGGCUUUGGUUCCAAGGUCUGACCCCAGGGACUAUCCGAAAUUUCCCCGAGCUGGCCAGGCAGUUCGUCGCCCAGUUUGUCUCCUCUAAGACCUAUUCGAAGAACGCGACUCACCUGAUGGCAAUCAGGCAGAGGUCCGACGAGUCCUUAAGGAAUUUCACGACCCGUUUCAACACGGAGAGCUUGCAGAUCAGAGAUAAGGACGAAAAGGUGGUCAUGGCUGCCUUCAUGAAUGGGCUCAGGGUGGAGAACCUCUUCUACAAGUUGGCCGAGCAGCCUCUCAGAAAUCUGGAGGAGCUCUUGACCAGGGCUCACGCAGCCGCAAAUGCGGAGGAGGUAGCUUGCCUGAAGAAAGAAUCAGAUCGGGGGCUUGGAGAUCGGGGAAGACGGGGGAACCACCCUGAGAACAAGGAGGGCCCGACCAAAAAGAACGUUUUUGACCGGCUCUUGAGAGAGAAAACCCCUGCUCCGCCACCACUCCCCGAGAAGGGUUACACCCCCUUGACUCGGCCUAGAGCUCAGAUCUUGGCUGUUAUGGAGGCGGAAGGCCUGGAAGGCCGGCCGCCCAAGAUGGGGACGUCUCGGAACAAGAGGAACCAGGACCGGUACUGCGCCUUCCACCGCGACGAGCCCGGGCGCGCCUACCAUGGAGAUCGGGGUGGGAGUCAGCGUCGAGACCGCCCUGAGCAGCGUGACGCCCUCCGGGGCCACUCCCCCGAUCAGGACAUCCAGAACCUAGCAGGGGUGAUAAACACCAUCGCUGGGGGCCCCACCGGGGGAGACAAUCACACAGCUCAGAAGAACAGGCGACCUCCCCCUGAGGGGGAUGACUCCCUGAAACGGCUGCGCAUGGACGAGAAGAUCACUUUCGGACCAAGGGAUGCAGUUCCCCUAGCGUCCGGGAACCACGAGACCAUCGUGAUAGACAUUGUCACCAACAACUACCGAGUGAAAAAGGUGUAUGUCGACCAAGGAAGUGCGGUUGACAUUAUGUUCUAUCGGGUGUUCAAGGAGCUCGGCUUGGAGGACGGGCAGCUGACCUCAGUUCGGACACCCCUGGUGGGCUUCACCGGACCUCCUAUCAACCCGGAGGGGAUGAUCACCCUGAUGGUCACGGUAGGACAAGCCCCCAAAUGCCGGACCAUCCCUGUCAAUUUCGUGGUGGUCAAGCAACAAUCCCCGUAUAACGUGUUCCUGGGUCGGCCUGCCUUGAACGCUCUCCGAGCUAUUCCCUCUACGUUCCACCUCAGUGUCAAGUUCCCCACCUCGGGAGGAAUAGGCGAGGUGCGCGGUGAUCCCGAGGUGGCCAGAGCCUGA